UUCGCUGCUUUUUCUUGCAUACCAUUGUUGAUAUGUUCGUCUCGUGGGUUAAUCCGUAACGAGAUCAUUGAGAAAUUACAUGUCUAUGCUGCAACUUGUUGAUAUGUUCGGGGAUCGAUGCUUUUGUGGGCUUUGCUUUGAUCAGGUCUGAUUAGCCCGGUUAUGAAUCUGGGUUUCAUUACGUUGAGCAUGGUUCUUUCGAUGGACGGGGAAGAUAAUACUAUGGAAGAAACAGCUGUUAUGGAAGAUUCCUAUGAUGAUGGAUUUUCCUGUGGAGAUCCUCGUGUUGAGCCUCGUGUUGGAGAUGAAUUUCAGGUCGAGAUUCCUCCUUUGAUGUCUGCAUCCAAGCGUGCUAAGUUUCUUUCGACUCCUGUUGCUUUGGAUGAUUCUUCUCAUUCCUUUCUCGUCGGACUACCUGUUCAAGUAAUGUGGAUAGACAAACAUAGAAGAGGGCAAGGAAAUGGAGAUGAUAAAGUUGACAUGAACCAAUCUUUGAAAUCUUUAAGAGCCAAAAAAAGCCGUUGCUCUACAAAGAACAGAGGCAAGAGUGACAAGAAUUUUGAACCGAAGAAGCAAAGACUGAAUCUUCAGGCUGUUCCUGUGAUACCGUCCAGUUCUUGGGAAGAUGUUGAGGUGGCUAGCUUUGUUCUUGGUCUAUAUACAUUCGGGAAGAACUUUACUCAGGUGAAGAAUUUCAUGGAGACCAAAAUAAUAGGAGAGAUAGAGUUGUUUUACUAUGGAAAGUUCUACAAUUCUGCUAAGUAUCACAGUUGGUCUGAAUCCCGCAAGAAGCGGAACCGGAAAUGUGUAUAUGGAAGAAAGCUCUAUUCAGGUUGGAGACAACAACAAUUGUUAACCCGUUUGAUGCCGUCUAUUCCUGAUGAAUCUCAGAAACAAAUGCUCGUGAAUGUCUCUAAGUCAUUUGCUGAAGGUAACAUCAGUCUGGAGAAAUACGUGAACACAGUGAAGAAUCUUGUGGGUCUCAGGCUUCUGGUAGAUGCCGUGGCGAUUGGUAAAGAAAAGGAAGAUCUCUCGGUUCCUACAUCAACACCAAUGAAGACCAAACCAUGGUUCACGGUUUCUUCAAAACCUUCUUCAGUCCCGGGCUUAGGGACUUACGAUUCUCUCACAGCUGCUGGCAUAAUAAAUCAGUUAACUGGCUGUUCACGUCUGAGCAAAGGCCGUUGCAAUGAUAUAUUCUGGGACGCUGUAUGGCCGCGUUUGCUAGCCAGAGGAUGGCGUUCAGAGCAGCCUGAGGACCAAGGCUAUUUUAGAUCUAAGGAUUACAUCGUUUUCAUUGUCCCUGGCGUGAAAAAAUUUUCAAGACAGAAGCUUGUCAAAGGCGAUCAUUACUUUGAUUCCGUUAGUGACAUUCUAACAAAGGUUGUAUCAGAGCCUGAACUUCUUGAGAUUGAAACAGGAGGAGAAAUCAGAGAAGCGACCGUCAAUGAAUUCGUUGUUGCAGAAAACUCUUCUGACCAAUCAGAUGAAGAGUCUUCCCUGACUGAGAGUCGAAGACACCGUUACCUCAGGUCUCCAUGUUCUAACCGUGGAACUCUAGGAAUGAAAUUCACUGUUGUGGACACUAGUUUGGCUGCUGGAGGAGGGAAGUUGUGUGAUUUACGAAAUCCUAAAGCAGUGUCUCUAGUUUCUGAGCCGAAGGCUUUACUAGGAGAUAAAGAUUCUUCUGCGCCUAAAAAUUCCCUGGACAAUCAGAAUGUGGAAAAGUAUCUAGUGAGGCCUCUAGAUGCCAAGAACCAAAUGGAUGACCAAAUGCGAUUCACGAUUAUUGAUACGAGUGUAGACCACUGCAAAAAGUUAUCUGGGUUUAGGAGAUGGAGAUAUUUACCUAGUGAUGACACAAAUAGAGGUUAUGUAGGGGCUGAUUCUGCUGUAAAGGAGGAGAAGACUUUUGAGAAGCUUAAGGAUCCAUCAAAGAGGUUGAUUAAGCAUAGGUCUACCCCUCGAGUAGAAACUAACUAUCAUUCUGCACCAUAUUUGAAACGCAGACGGCUCAGUGCUUGCAUUUCAAGAGAAAGUCCAGUGUUCAAACAUUUACCGGAGGAUGACACAAAAAUGACUGUUUGUCUUAAAUCAGAGCAGCAAGAUAUAUGUGCAGUCCAACCACAAAAUAGCACUUGUGAAGAGAUGAAUCAGGACAAAGAGACAUAUGAAACCGUGUUAUCGGUUCAUAACUUAAAGUCUGAUCAACCAAAAAAGACUGGAACUGGGACGUCUUCUUCGCUUGUUGAGAUUCAAGGAGCAUCAGAGAUUAAACCAAGUGGGUUCAACUCUAUACCCGGUGUAGACAAGCACUGUUCUCCAGAGAAGAUAAGAACAGCCCAAAAACUCAUUUUGUCACAACAAGAACCGAACCGACUCUGUUCAGUGUCGGACUCAGAAAAACAACGCGCUUCCAAUGAUAUGGAACAAAAGCAAGUAUUUGAGCUCCCUUCUAUUUCAGGGUCAAAUACUAAUAGAUGUUCUUCCAAUAAUCUGGGAACUACUCAAGAACUGGGUUCAUCUGAACAACAACACGACCAACAGAAUACAGAUGGUCAGAGAAGACAGAGCACAAGAAAACGACCAUUGACCACUCGGGCUCUGGAAGCUCUUGAAUCCGGCUUUCUUACA